GGGUUUGGUGUGAGUUAAUCGAUCGAUAUGUCGGGAAAAGGGGCAAAGGGAUUGAUAACAGGUAAAACCUCAGCUUCAGCCAAAGACAAAGACAAAGACAAGAAGAAACCCGUUUCUCGUUCUUCUAGAGCUGGUCUUCAGUUUCCUGUUGGACGAAUUCACCGUCUUUUGAAGUCAAGGGUGAGUGCCAAUGGAAGAGUUGGGGCCACAGCUGCUGUGUAUUCUGCUGCUAUACUGGAGUAUCUAACUGCAGAGGUGUUGGAGUUGGCUGGUAAUGCAAGCAAGGAUCUGAAGGUGAAGCGUAUUACCCCUAGACAUUUACAGCUUGCUAUACGUGGAGAUGAAGAACUUGACACCCUCAUUAAAGGAACAAUUGCCGGUGGUGGUGUUAUUCCUCAUAUCCACAAGUCUCUAAUCAACAAAUCCUCAAAGGAGUGAGGGUUAAAAGAAAAAUAUUUGAAUUAACCUUGGAGAUGAGUUUUCCUGUAAAUUUGAUGGUAUCUUAUUUUGUGGAUAUUUUGCUUGUUGUGUUAGUUUGGUAGAAGAGACAUCCUGCAGCAGUUCUGAUAUCUUUAUUUGAGCUGUAUGGACUGACAUACUGGCUUCUGUGCUCUGUUGCUGCAAGCUAGCUACAUGAAACUAGCUGUUAGGAUGUAUAUUGAAGCAUGGUUAAUUAUUAUGUUCAACCUAUUAAUCUAUGAUGUUUCAAUGUUUUGAACUGUUUGGCA